AGUGACUGCCCUCACAGUCAGACCUCAUGGGUCACAGAGCCUUGAGCCAGUGGGAGGAAGAAUAGGAUGGAGCAGAGGCAGCAAGUGCUGUGGUGCACUCUCGCUCACUGGUAGUGGGGAUAGUAGCAUUAUCAAGUUAUGACUGUUCUUUCUCCCUACUCUGAGCAUUGCAUGUGCCUUUGUUAUACUGUGCUCUGUACCCCACCAGAGAUGUGGGGAGAGCAGGGGCCACCUGUGCCUUCUGGGGGUGAAUGCAGUGCCAGAGCAGUUCUGGGCUGUCAGAGCCCUGUGGGACCCCAGUGAUGUUGUGGUGCCCACGCCUGGCUGUACCAGGAAGAGAGUUCCUAGGAGGGCAGCUGGGGGACCCUUGUGGAUGCGUUCUGCCCAGCUGUGGGCAGAGAGGGGACAGAGAUAGCUCUGGGUACGGCACUGGAGCCACAGCAGUUAGGCUCAUCCUGAGCACAGAUCCAGACCCAGGGAGCAAUCCUUCAUGCCCUCAGGCCAGUUGCCUCCCGUGUUUCACAACUACCUCUGACGAGGACCAGCAGGGGCCACGACUGCCACAGGGCUCCGGGACACAAGCGGGCUGAGGCAGGUCCUGCCAGCUGGGAAGUCCCCACACACCUGGGAGCUGCUCCCCCGCGGGAUUUGAGUGCUGUCUUCCUCUUUGCGUAAGUGCUGCUGCGGGGGCUGGGGCGGGACCGCUGUCCCCAUCUGUCUGUCUCUGCCACCGGGGACGCUGUGUCCUUUACAGACACCUCUGAACACCGACAUGUAUUUGUUUGCUGAAUUCUUGAACGUGCCCCGAGUUCUCGGUCUGCUCUGGUCAGCCCACCGCGGAGCUGCUUUGAAGUGAAAUGUUAAUGUUCAAAAUGUUCAUUAAAAAGAAAUGAUUAACAAGCACUUCCUUUUGGCUGCAGGGCCCUGGGGAAGGUGCUUAGCCCCGGAUGCACAGGAAGCGGUGCAGCCUGCACCCGUGGGGCAUAUGAUGACCGUGUCUGUCCCCCUGUGUUCCAAAUUGCCAAGCAUGGCUAUAUAUGCAGCAGCAGGGGAAGCAGGAGGCACUUCCCACAUCUGCAGCUUGCAGGCUCUGCGUGAAAUCUUGAUGUUGUUUGAAAUCAAAGCAGUUCAGGAGAAGGCCGGGGAAGGGCUUGCAAAGAAGCAGGCGCCGGACUCGACAAGGUCAGUCCCAAAAUGGGUUGAGAGGGACUGCAGGCAUGGGCUGCUCCCCCACCUCUACAUAUUGUUUCUUGUGACCCCAUUUUGGCGUCAGGGCUGCACAGACAGGGGAGAGGAGCCAUGCCUGGUGCAGAGCAGAGUUCCAUCACCCCUGGUGCCUGGGGUGACUGCUGUGAGCUGUCACCCACCACCUGCCAGCAGCUGCUUUGCGCUGACCUUUCCUAUGCCUCUUCUUCGUGCCCAGGUAUGAGCAAGAGCUCUGCAAAAUUCCAGCGGUGUUGGGACCAGUGUGCAGAGCCCAAGGUUCCUCGCCUUAUUUUGGGCUGUGUGGACAGAGCUGUCCUCAGCUGGGGUACCCCUUAUCUGUAUUUGAGCCCUGUCAUGGAGAGAGACUGGGAGUGGAGGAACAGAGGGGCUUGGGGAGCAAAAUGGGUCAUGAUCCCAGUGCUGCUGGGCUUAAGGUAGGUUGUGCUCUCUCUUCUUCUUAACAGCGGGAUGAAAACAACACACUGGCACUGUCCCUAGCUGGUGGACGUGCUGUGCCCAGGGCAGAGUGGGCUGGAAACCAGCUUUCUUAUCCUUGAGCCCCCACUGCUGCUUUUCCCUUGGCCAUGGGCUCUGCCCACCCAGGGUCCUGCUGGGGUGGCAGCAGGAGAGAGCCUUGGCCCUCACUCCCUUCCCUGCAUGAGGAGUGGGGCAGCCAAAACCAACAUGCCCAGCCCAGGCCUGCAAUCCCUCUGCACCUCCUCCGUCACUACAGCUCCAGCUGGUGGGCGCUGCCGGAGUGGUGCCGGUGCUGAGCAGACCCUGGGAGUGCAGCCAGCCUGGCCGGUGCGUCCCCAUGUGUAGCUGAACGAGACGAGCCUGAAUGCACGUCACAUUUUCCAGUGUUUUGGGGUGUUUAUGCUGUUAUGCUCAGCUCUCAGCAUGUCCCAGGCAGGGAUAAGGGGUGGGAGCGACAAUCGUGGCCGGAAUAAAGCACUUCCCAACCUCCAGAUGUUUGGCUGCGUGACGGGAGCGGCUGAGCGAGAGACACUCGUUAAAAAUCUGCUCUGGGUUUGGGGAUGUCUGGGUCACUAGGAGGGGACAGUGGGGCCCUGGUGCAAAGGAUAGGGCCAGACAGCAAAGACGGGGAAUUCUAGGGGAAGCCGUUCAUUUUGUGUUUAAACACUGAGGUUUUAUCCACUGUGCCAAUGAGGGAUGCCCAAGCCAUGCAUUGGGGGGAGCAGAGGAGUGGGCAGCACGUUACCAAGCAGCCACGCACACGUGUGCCUCAUGCAGUGUGUCCAUCACAGAGCUGUUGUGGCCCCAAGCACAAAGGAAGGUGAGGAGGCAUUGGAGAGGCCGGGAGUCUUUGUGUCUGGCUGCGUUUGGAAGCAAUUAAAAUGGGGUGGGAGUUUACAAUCUGGGUUAUAAAUGGCCGACUGUUAAAAAGUUUUUACGUCUGGAAAUGAGAACCAUGCAGUCCGGCCCCAUCUUGUCAGCAGAUGCUUAAUGGAGCUCCCAGGGGGGGGCACAGCGUGGGGAUCUGGGCUCCAGUGGGGACCACUGCGGGGUCCCAUGGGUGCUGUGCCACCACUGUGCUCCCUGUGAGGGGCUCAGGGCCAGCGUUGCAAUCACUCCACACGCACGGGGGCACUGGGGGGCUGCAGUGGUGCUCAGAUGGCUGCAGUUUGCUGGGAUUGCUGUGGUGCAUUGCAGUGCCAGCUGUUUCCAAUGGCUUAUCCAGCUGUGCAGCCGGGUGUGGGAGCUCCGUGGCUCCAGUGUAAUCCCUGUCUCUGCUCAGCCAUCCUGGGACAAGCAACCCCACGCGGGUUUGCAGCUGGAGCCAGGGCUUCGUGGGCCAGGAAGGGGGGAAUGGAGAGGGUUUAUCCACCCUUCCCCAUUCAAUUCCUUCCAGAUGUGGGGCUGCCUGGGGGUUCUGCCCAGCUGCGUCCUGGGGGCUCAGUGUGAGGGUCUGCAGCUUUGCCAGCACCCCACCCGUGCUCCCCUGCAGCCGGUUCUCCUGGAAAUGUGGCAUUUUUUCACUCUUUCUCCAAAUAUGGGGGUAAACGUUCAGCAUCACUCAUCCCCCUGUGCCAGAGGGGACAUAGAUCCUGUUACACAGGGAUGAAAGGGAUGGUGGUGACCCCCUGUCAGGCCCCUCCAGCUCUGCCUGGGGGUGCAUGAGUGGGUGCAGUGUGGGGUUUGUUCCUUUCCCCGUGCUUCCCGUGCUGCAGCCCACAGAGCAUCGGCAAUGCUGUAGGUAAGGUUAUGUCAGCCCUUUGUUACAAAUCCUGUUCUUCGGGGGAUUAGAGGCAUGCUGCAAGCCAGGGCUUGGCUCACGAAAAUCACAGGCCAGAAAUUUGGGGGCGAGGAAGCCGGGGCCAGGAGGAGGGGAGGCAGCUCUCAGUAAGAGGGGUUUCAGGAUCCUCCCGAUGGGCAGGAGGGAGCUGGAAUGCACUUCCCCAGCCAUGAGCAAUGAGCUCAGCUUUACUGCUGGUUCGCACAGGCUGUGCAGAGAUCUCCAGCUGUUGGGUGCCCCCUGCACCCCGAAUGUGCCAAAUCUUGGACCCGUAGGGCAGUCUGCUCUCCUGCAGACAAUGGGGACAAUGGCAGCAUGGACAUGACUGAGGGUGUCCACCACCGCACAGAAGUCUGUUUUCACCCCCAAAAUCUGUCUCCCUCCGUUUCAGGGUUGCCAAUGACCCAAACAUCAUUUAUUGUGCAGCACUGGGAUGGCACCAUGGCACAAUGUGCCCCACGCAGCUCUUUCCUUAGGCAUCUCACCAGAGAGAAACCCCAGCAAACAAUUCAUCACGCUCUGAGCAGACCCAAUCUAUCAGGGCUUUAAUCUCACAUUAGCCGUUAAUCUUGCUUUCCCCCGGCCUGCAGCCAAAGCAAACUUCCCUCAGUCCCGCACAGACCAGAGGGUUCUGUUCUGGACAUGGGGCUCGGAUGGAGUGGGGCUGAGCACAGCUGCACAUGUGCACAAACACUGCAAGCACGCGUGCAUACAACACGUUGCACGCACAUGCGUGUGCGCGCACAGAGCCGUGCACACCUGGUGCACACCAGCACAUGCAAAGCACCUAGCGGGCACAGGGCUGGGCAGUAAUCCAUCCCCAGGGCUGUUCAGGGGCUGUAGGCAGACUGGGGGGUGUGAGAAGUCUUGGGGAGGUGUGGAGAGACGGGGAGGAUGGAGAUUGAUUGGGUGAGGCGAGAAGUAUUGGGGAGAUGCGGACAGCUGGAGGAUGACAGGGAUGUGGGGGGGAUGUGGGAAGCUUUGGGGGAUGUGGGAAGCUUUGGGGGGAUGUGGGUAGUUUGGGGGGAUCCACACAUGAGGGAGGUGUGGGCAGACUGGGGCUGAGUGGGCUGAUUAAUCCAUUGUGGAGAGUUAUAGGGGGGAUGCAGGGAUUAGGGAGAUGCAGGUGGUUUGGGAGGGACCUAAUUUGGGGGGAGAUGGGGGCAGUUUGGGGGCACGUGGGAAGUUUUGAGAGGUUCUGGAAGUUUGGGGAGGUGCUGCAAGUUUUGGAAAUGAUUGAGGUUUUCUGGAAUGAUGGAAGUUUUGGGGGAACGAUGGAAGAUUUGGGGACAAUGGAGGGGUGCCCGUACCCCUCAGCCUCCGCCUGCACUUCCCCCCGGGGCCGUCCCGGUGCUCGGCCCCACAGGUGAGAGGAGCGCGGAGCUCCGCCGGCAGCGGGGCCGGGGCGGGGGCGGAGCGGGUGAGCCCGGCCAUAAAACGGCGGCGCGGGGCCGGAGCCCGAUUGAGCGGCUGCGGGGCGGGAGAGCGGCGGUGCCGGUACCGGCGGAGCGGACGGAGCGGCGGUGCCGGUGCCCCUCGGUGCGUUUCCACCACCUGCUCCUCCUUAGCACCAUCCCCCGGUGCCCCCCGCUCGCCGCGAUGCCCAAUUUCUCCGGGAAUUGGAAGAUGAAGAGCUCCGAGAACUUCGAAGAGCUGCUGAAGGCGUUGGGCGUUAACAUGAUGCUGCGGAAGAUCGCGGUGGCUGCAGCCUCGAAGCCAGCAGUGGAGAUCAAGCAGGACGGCGAGAGCUUCUACAUCAAGACCUCGACCACCGUGCGCACCACUGAGAUCAGCUUCAGGAUCGGGGAGGAGUUCGAGGAGCAAACGGUGGACGGGCGGCCCUGCAAGAGCUUGGCCAAGUGGGAGAGUGAGAACAAGAUGGUGUGUGAGCAGCGGCUGCUGAAGGGCGAGGGGCCCCGGACGGGCUGGUCCCGAGAGCUGACCAAUGAUGGGGAGCUCAUCCUGACCAUGACAGCUGAUGAUGUUGUCUGCACCAGAGUGUACAUCCGGGAGUGACACCACCAACGAUCGCCCCACAACGGCUCCAGCCCCCCCUGCCCCACUCCAUGCCCUUCCCAUGGCCCUGUGUCCCCCUGCCCCGUGUCCCCCCCCUCCUGGUGGCUGUGGGGGUGCACUGAGCAGCAGGAUGUUGGGGAGCGCCCUAUCCUUUGGGUUUGAUGUUUUUCGUUUGUGUUUUUUUUUUUUUUUAUAACUGUUUUUGGUUCACUUUGACCUCACACCCGGUGCUGCACCCUCGCCCUCCCCUGCAGCUCUGCUCUCUCUGCUCCCUCCCCGGUAUUUAUUUGUGAAUAGUUAAAUGGAAUGGAAACACUCAACAGCUCCAGUCUGGCGGUGCCGUGCAGCUCCGACCCCUGGGAACGUCUCCUCACCCUUCUUCCCCUCUCCUGUU